AUGGAUGAUGCUGAAGGUUAUGAAAUCAAUCGUCAAACACAACUCCAUACGAAGCAGGCAUUAUUGGACACUGACGUGUUUAUUGAAAUUCUUUCAAGAACAUCAUUAAAGACAUUUCAUAUCAUACGUUGUACAAGUAAACAUCUUGAAAAACUAACGUACAACAACCAUGCUCUUGAUCUUUUCAAGGGGAAAAAUAAUGUGCUUCAUGGAGUUAUUGUUCAACAAAAGAAAGUUUGGGGAUCGAUAGAACGUAAGUUUGUUUCGUCUUGUGGUUCGAUUAACUUUGACAUUGGUUGUAUACCAAAUUCGUGUACAAUCUUAGCAACUUCAUUGAAUGGACUCAUUCUUGGUGAAUGUGAUUGUCCGGAUGAAUAUCUGAAAAAGUUUUUAUUUAUUUGUAAACUGACGACAUUAGAUUGCAGAACAUUACCAUUUCCGAUAUAUAAGUACAUUGCGGUCAAGUUUGCUAUGGUGGUUAUGUGUUCGAACCCGUUGCAUUUCAAGAUAAUUCGUUUAUCAUAUGCAGAGUCAGAUGACGUGACAAACGAUCAUGACUAUGAAAACUUCCGACUAGAAUUAUUUCAGUCCACUACAUGGGAAUGGAGGGACCUUGGUAAUAUUCGGUUACCAUAUUCUGUUCAUCCGGUAUCGGACGAAGCAAUCAUAAGUAAAGGUGUAGUUUACAUCUUAUUGUUAAACUAUCAAAUUUUGUAG